UUUUCUUUGUUCCUGUUUCACUCAUUUCAAAAGUAUCAUCAUCACACGUAUUGUGCACACAGUAUUGUGCAAGUUGUUUACGUUACCUUAAUAAACGAUAAACUCGGGGAAACAUGUAACGUAAUGUAAAACGGCAUAUGUAAAUCUAGCAUGUAAAUUUCCUCAUAAGAUAAAUGUUUACAAUAUUAAAUAACGAUAUUGAUGUUAUUUAUUAAUUUACUGUUUUAUUUAAAUAUCUUUAACAAAUAUGGUGUAUAACGUUGUCUGGUAUAAUCUGUCCCUAAAUAAUAAUAAUAAAAAAAUAUAUUUAAUGCACUUUUUUCAUAGAGUAUCACAAUAAUAAAUGUAUGUGUUUAUUAUUUUAACAUAAAUAAUUUAAUGGCAAAGCAAACGCACGAAACCAUGGCAGUGUUUACGUUAACAACCAUGGCAGAGGACGGUGACAUCGACACGGAUAAAAAAAUACUUUUUGAACUCGUGGAGGACUUGAAACGCUCCAAUGCAGCGCAACAAGCAGAAAUCGGUCUUUUUGAGCUAUAUAUUAAUCGACUGGACUCAAAAACUCAUUCGGAGUCGUUUGAAACAGCAUUAAAGCUGGAAAUGGCCACGAGUCCAGGAAGGAAAACCAAAGCAGGCACUCCAGAGAGACAACAGCUCCUGACACUGGAACAGAAAUGUGAUGUCGCCCGAAGCAUGCAUAAGCAGAUGGCCGAGGAUCUGAAGAGAGCAAAAGACCAUUCAGAAAGAGAGCUGGACAAUUACAAGGCAACUCUGGAAGAAGCUGAUAUCCACUUGGCAGAGGUUAAAAAAAGAAUGUUUCCAGUUUGAAUCGGUAAAGCACUGCGGGACAAAAAGAGUGUGACGAUGAGUGCUGAGAAGGUCAGCAGAUACACUGAGGAUAAAGUAAGGGCCAAGGAGAACCUGAUUGAGAAGUUGUAUCAGAAGAAUGCAGCACUCCUCGCAUACAAGAAAAAACUCAAAAUCCAGUUAAUACAACAAGAGGAGAUGGGUGAAGGGCUAACGGCUUUGGACUUUGAGCAGCUCAAGUUUGGGAACCUGAAAUGUAGGAAGCGACUGGAUGAGCAAAACCUCAAACAUAUGGAACUCAAACUGCUUGCAGGGAAGACCUUGCAUGUCUUGAAUUCUGAGAAGGAGAAGCUUCAGACCUUGACACAUGAGUCAGAUGUGCUGAGCAGCGACAUUGCUUUACGAAUGAAGAUACUGGUUAAGAUUGAAGAGGAGACUAAGCAAGCAGAGGAGGAACAAAACAAAGCAGAGGUUCUGAACAGGAAGUUGAGGCGCCAGUUAGCCGAUUUUCAUGUACCACGUGUCCUACAAUACAUCAAGGUUAAAGAGUCUCAUGGCCAGCUGCAGAAGAGUGUUAAAGAAUGGGAACGCAAGGUGGAGAUUGCAGAGAUGGCAAUAAAAACACACACAAAAUCCUGGGCCAAGCUUCGGAUCGCUGCUGGAGCCAGACCAGUGCCUGCACGACAUGUAGCCAUAGAUGCUGGAUUGUAUGGGUUCUGAAACAACAAGAACUACUACAGUAUGUCUUAACCUCAGUGCCCAAGAUGAUGUCAAAGAUGCCCAUACAUUUAGCAUCUCUCACGAAAUUUAAUUGACGUGCAAAUCCAUCAAUAUAAACAAUAAAAAUGCACAUAAAAAUGA